AGCGUUUUGCGUUCUUUCCGGUUUAGGAUUUUGUCCAGUGUGCUUGUUCUCCUUCGAGCUAAGGCCGAUUAUUGAAAAUAUUAAUUUUUGGCAACUUGCACCAAAUAUUAAUUAAGCUUACAGUACAACAAUGACCACUAAAGCUGAGCUCGCAUGCGUCUACGCCUCCCUCAUCUUGGUUGAUGAUGAUGUCGCCGUCACUGGUGAGAAAAUCUCGACCAUCUUGAAGGCCGCCAAUGUUGAUGUUGAGCCCUACUGGCCCGGUCUCUUCGCCAAGGCCUUGGAGGGUAUCAACGUCAAGGACCUGAUCAGCAACAUUGGCUCCGGCGUUGGUGCUGCCCCAGCUGGCGGUGCUGCUGCUCCUGCUGCCUCUGACGCUCCCGCCGCUGAGGCCAAGAAGGAAGAGAAGAAGAAGGAGGAGGAGUCUGAUGUGUCUGACGAUGACAUGGGCUUCGGUCUCUUCGAUUAAGAAGCAAGCACUUGUAACAUACCUAAGCAACAUCAACAUCCCCUGCGUAUGUAAAGUGAAGUUUUAUCUUUCCUCAACUUUUUCGUACACGUUUUAAUGUACAAAGAAUGCGGCGUGGAAAUAUAAUUGUUUACUAAAAAGUGA